GAUCAACAUUUGACAUUUGAGUAUAGUUUGAUAAGCAACCAUGUCCGACAGUGACGCUGGAACAUCAACUGGUUCUACACCUUAUGAGUCGGAGGAUGACAUGAUAUGCUACAUUACGGGAUCCACACAAUCACCAUCCGAGCAUCUAGACCUACCAGAUGCGAGGCGACUCAAUGAAAGAAGUUUGCAUUCCCGACAGACGCAGACAGAAACGACGCCAUUGGCUGGGGCAUCAGUAGCUGCUGCUGACGGUGUCCUGGGUCCUGACACAAACAACCAUUUGAACAAGACAAGCGUUUCUAACAGCGAUGUGCCGUCAGCUGUACCUGCUGAUGGCAGUGCGGAAAGUCCAUACAUGAGAACUCCUAAAAGAACAGUUAUCAAACGGCUAUCUGUGCCUUCUGACGAUGGUAUUUACCCAAGCAGUCGGCGACGUCUGAAAAAAAAUAAAAUGGGCAAAAAGUCAAAGUACCAGGUGUCUGAAGCUCCAGCUUCUGCUGCCAAGAACAGUAAGCUGGUCAGAACUGAAUCUUUAGCUUCUGCGGACAGUGGCAUAGGUAGUAUGCGAAAUCUUAGGAGUUUUCGAAAGAUAUGGAAGUCGGAAGGAGAUGAGUGA